CGGGUGACGGCAGCCUUCUCGCUUCUCGCUUACAGCGCGGGGUGUGGGUGACUCGAGUGCCACGAGAGCUUCGAAUAACAGCGUGCGAGGGGACAAAUAAAGGGGAAUACGCGACCCACCCGCGACAAGUCUUCCGGCAGCGAAGAGAAGACACGGGAAUUAAAGCAUGGCUAAGCCGGUCCCCGCAGCGACAGUGGAGGUGCAGGAGGUGACAGAGCUCACCGGGCUCUUCUUGGAGAAGCCGCCAAAUCAUGUGACCACUGUCACAGGCAAGGAUUUGAUCCUCAUCGCAAAGGUCGACUCAAGCGCCUUGGUAAAGAAACCCACCAUGAAAUGGAUGAAGGGAAAGUGGCUGGACUUGAGCAGCAAGGCUGGCGCACAUAUGCAGUUCAAAGAGACCUAUGACAGGAAUACAAAGAUCUACACUUACGAGAUGAUGAUCCACAAAGUGGUCCUGGGAGACGCCGGCGCAUACAGGUGCGAGGUGACGUCCAAAGACAAAUGUGACAGCUCCAGCUUUGGGAUCUCCGUGGAGGCCUGCCAGCAAGACGAGCCUGUGGACAUUUUGUCUGCCUUCAAGAGAACCGAUGCCGGCGAGGAUGAGGGUGACCUGGAUUUCAGCGCUCUUCUCAAAGCUGCCAAGAAGAGACCGGAGAAGGUGGAGGAGGAGGUGGACGUAUGGGAAUUGCUGAAGAACGCCCACCCGAGCGAAUAUGAGAAAAUCGCUUUCAAGUACGGCAUUACCGACCUGAGGGGCAUGCUGAGGCGUCUGAAAAAGAUGAAGGUGGAGCCCAAGCACAGCGAGGCUUUCCUGACAAAGCUGGAAUCGUGCUACACGGUGGAUAAAGGCAAGAGAAUCGUUCUCAAGUGUGAGGUGAUGGAUCCCAACGCCCAGGUCAAAUGGUUGAAGAAUGGCCAAGAGAUCAAACCCUCUGCCAAAUAUUUGAUGGAGACAAAUGGGAACAUCAGAACGCUCACCAUCAACAAGACCACCCUGGCUGACGACGCCGCGUACGAGUGUGUGGUCGGCGAAGACAAGUGUUUCACUGAGGUAUUUGUUAAAGAGCCUCCCGUGACCAUCACCAAGCUUAUGGAUGACUACCACGUGGUGGUAGGGGAGAGAGUGGAGUUUGAGGUCGAGGUGUCCGAGGAGGGCGGCCAUGUAAUGUGGUUCUACGAGGAUCAGGAAAUUGUAAAAGACACCGCCUCCACAAAAUAUCGCUUCAAGAAAGAAGGGAAGAAGCACACGCUCAUUAUCCAGGAAGCGACACUCGACGACAUCGGAAUGUACCACGCUUGGACAAAUGGGGGCCAUACCAAGGGAGAGCUGGAGGUGGAAGAAAAACAACUGCAGGUGUUGCAGGACAUUGCUGAUCUGACAGUGAAGGCAAGCGAGCAGGCUUUGUUCAAGUGUGAGGUGUCUGAUGACAAGGUCACCGGCAAGUGGUACAAGGACGGAGUGGAAGUGAUGCCCAGCGAACGCAUCAAAAUGACGCACGAAGGAAGGCCAAUCACAGAGACGUCGGGGCGCGUGAGGGUGGAGAGCAGGAAGGACUUGAGCUGCUUCAUCAUCGAGGGUGCGGAGCGGGAAGAUGAGGGCAACUACACCAUUGUUGUGACCAACCCCGCCGGAGAAGACAAGGCCGUGCUGCAUGUGAAGGUGGUCGAUGUGCCCGAUGCUCCUGAGCACGUCAAGUGCACAUCAGUGGGAGAGGACUGCGCCACCAUCACCUGGGAGCCUCCCAAAUUCGACGGCGGCGCACAAAUCAAGGGCUAUCUGAUGGAGAGAAAGAAGAAAGGUUCAUCCAGAUGGACAAAGCUGAACUUCGACGUGCACGAACCAACCACGUACGAGGCCAAGAGGAUGAUCGAAGGCGUCGUGUACGAGAUGCGCGUGUUUGCCGUCAACAGCAUCGGCCUGUCCCCGCCAAGUCUCACCUCCAAGCCCUUCAUGCCUAUCGCUCCGACGAGUGCGCCGAUGCGCCUGACGGUGAACGAUGUGACGGACAGCACGUGCACCCUGAAGUGGCUGGCCCCGGAGAGAGUCGGAGCCGGGGGCCUGGAUGGCUACGUCAUUGAAUACUGCAAAGACGGAGAUACUGAGUGGGUGACAGCCAACACAGACCUGUGUGAAAGGCAGACCUUUGUGGUGCGUGGCCUACCUGUGGGGGAGAAGAUCAACUUCAGGGUGGUGGCCGUGAACAUCGCCGGGCGCAGUCCUCCCGCCGUCAUGUCGCAGCCCGUCACCAUCCGUGAGAUCAUGGAGCAUCCGAAGAUCCGCCUCCCUCGGCACCUUAGGACAAAGUACAUCAGGAAAGUGGGAGAAAAGAUCAACCUGACCAUCCCCUUCCAGGGUAAACCCCGUCCUGUCGCAAGCUGGUUCAAGGACGGCGUACCCAUUGACCCAAAAGUGAUCAAUGUCCGUACCACCAACGUGGACAGCAUCUUCUUCAUCCGCUCGGCAGAACGAGAGCACUCUGGAACGUAUGAGCUGGUUCUAAAGAUUGAGAACAUGGAGGACAGGAGCAGUUUCCAACUCAGAGUUGUCGAAAAGCCCGCGCCGCCUCUAAACGUGAGGGUGACCGAUGUGUGGGGCUUCAACGCCGCGCUGGAGUGGGCUCCCCCCACCGACGACGGCAACUGCGAGGUCAGCGGAUACACCAUCCAGAAGGCGGACAUGAAGACGAAGGAAUGGUUCACCGUCUAUGAACACAACAAACGGACGCACUGCACCGUGUCCGACCUCAUAAUGGGCAACGAGUACAUGUUCCGCGUCUACAGCGAGAAUAUGUGCGGCCUGAGCGAGGAGCCUCGUAACAGCAAGAACACAGCCACCAUCGCCAAGACAGGUCUGCAGCUGAAGCAAGCCCCCUACCAGGAGAAGGACAUGUCCUGCGUCCCCAAGUUCACCCAGCCCCUCGUGGACAGAACUGUGGUGGCCGGGUACAGCACUGCCAUCAGUUGUGCCGUCAGAGGCUUCCCGAAGCCCAAGAUCGUGUGGAUGAAGAACAAGAUGAUCAUCGGCGACGACCCCAAGUACCUGAUGCAGAACAACCAAGGCGUGGUGACCCUCAACAUUCGCAAGCCGAGCACCUUUGACGGAGGCAAAUACACCUGCGUGGCCAUCAACGAGCUGGGCCGAGAUGAGGUGGAGUGCAAGCUGAACAUUCGAGUUGCCGUGGAUCCAAACCGGGUUUAGGAACCGAAGUGUGCGGCGCCAACUCUGGACGGCGAAUGUCAGAGUUUGUCAUGAAGAAAACAAGCAAAUAAAUCAGCGUUAUUUGUGUGUGCUGGA